AAAUCCCAAGGGAAAUGAACUUUGCUUUUCUACCCCUCAUUGGCAUCGCUAUAUAAACGCAUCGAUUCGCCCAAUCGUCUUCAAUCAGCUCUCGCUCUCUAACAAGGCUUCUUUCUCUCGCACUAAUUUUCUGUUUCUAACGUUUUUCUAUUUGAUUUUAUUUUGUUAAUUUUUUUUUUGUAAGGCUUAUGAUUUGAAUUUUGCAGGUUCUAGGUUGGUAUAUUAUAAUAUUUUCGAUUUGACUUAACGCUUUCUUGCAGGGUCUUUUUGUUUGUUUAUUGUUUUUCUUCUCUCUGUAUUAUAUUUGUUUGUGUUUCUGGGUAUUUAACAUUAUGGAUGCAGGAUCUUUGAAUUCUUUUUCAAAUUUGAAGGGGCAAUCUAGAUGCCCACUUCAGGAACAACUUCUGCAGAGAAGGAAUUCUAAAGAAAAUAUGGACAGGUUUAUACCAAACCGUUCAGCAAUGGACUUUGACUAUGCACAUUACAUGCUGACCGAAGGGAGGAAGGUCAAAGAGAACCAGACAGUGUGCUCACCUGCCAGGGAGGCCUACAGGAAGCAGCUGGCUGAAACCUUGAACAUGAAUAGGACCCGAAUCUUGGCUUUCAAGAACAAGCCACCAACACCUGUUGAGCUCUUCCCUUCAGAGCACUCAACUUCUUCUGUUCACCCUACCAAAUCUGCAAAGCCACGAAGACACAUCCCACAGAGUUCUGAGAGAACAUUGGAUGCUCCUGACCUUGUGGACGACUUCUACCUGAAUUUAUUGGAUUGGGGCAGCAGCAAUGUUCUAGCAAUAGCACUUGGAAACACUGUGUAUUUGUGGGAUGCUUCAGAUAGUUCUACCUCAGAACUUGUUACUGUUGAUGAUGAAAAUGGCCCAGUAACAAGUGUUAGUUGGGCUCCUGAUGGUAGGCAUAUUGCCAUUGGCUUGAACAACUCUGAAGUACAGUUAUGGGAUUCUGCUUCCAACCGACAGCUGCGUACUCUGAGAGGGUGUCACAGGUCAAGAGUGGGUUCACUGGCAUGGAAUAAUCACAUUCUUACAACAGGAGGAAUUGAUGGUCAGAUAGUUAACAAUGAUGUAAGAAUUAGAUCCCAUGUUGUUGAAACCUACAGAGGACACCAGCAAGAGGUUUGCGGUCUCAAAUGGUCAGCUUCUGGACAACAACUAGCUAGUGGAGGCAAUGAUAAUCUUGUUCACAUAUGGGACAGGUCCAUGGCAUCAUCAAAUUCACCAACACAAUGGCUACACAGGUUGGAGGAUCAUACUUCUGCAGUCAAAGCCCUUGCCUGGUGCCCUUUCCAGAGCAAUUUGCUGGCCACUGGUGGAGGUGGAGGAGAUAGAACCAUUAAGUUUUGGAACACACAUACAGGUGCAUGCUUGAAUUCGGUGGAUACCGGCUCUCAGGUGUGUGCUUUGCUGUGGAACAAGAAUGAGAGGGAGCUUCUGAGCUCUCAUGGAUUCACUCAGAAUCAAUUAGUUCUUUGGAAAUAUCCAUCAAUGGUGAAGAUGGCAGAGCUAACUGGUCAUACAUCUAGAGUUCUUUACAUGGCUCAAAGCCCGGACGGUUGCACAGUGGCAUCAGCUGCAGGGGAUGAGACACUGAGAUUCUGGAAUGUUUUUGGGGUUCCAGAAGUGGCUAAACCUGCUCCAAAAGCGAACCCAGAACCAUUUUCUCAGUUGAACCGUAUCCGGUGAUAAAGAAGAAGACUAGGAGAACCGAUGGUGGUGGAUUUCGAGGAUUUCCCUUGAGUUUUACACCCUAGCUCUGCCAGUUUGUCCAGUGCUAGUUCCUUCAAAACCAGCAGCAAUUUAUCCAAGGUGAUGGUGCGAAUGUUAGUCAAGUUUCACUUCACCCAGGGCAAUUGUCGGUCAGCAUACAAAGUAGGAAAUCAGUGGGUGGAAUUAUGUGCAAACUGAGAGAGUCUAAGGUUUUGUUGGGUCGGGGUUUUUGGAGAUACCUUUUUGAUGUUAAUCCCCACUUGUAUGUUCUUUUCAACUUCAUAGUGAAAUUUUUUUCCUCACUCCCGUGGACGUAGGCUUUAAAAGCCGAACCACGUAAAAUUUUGCAUCUUCUUUUUGAUUUUA